AUGACAUCCAUUAUUCGCCACAAGAAGAAGACCCCAAGAUUCAAGGCCAAGUCCAACUACGUCAAACCAUUCCUCACGCCAGCGAACAUCGAAGCUCGUCUGAGGUACGCAAUGUCCUUCGUUCGACCUUUGUCAAAUCGUCGCCACUCUUUCUCCAACAUGCUCGAUUUCGUGCAUGUUGAUGAAAAGUGGUUCAAUUUGACGAAGGUCAAACGUCGGUACUAUGCGUACGAUGACGAAGAGGUGGCUGCGCGCUCCGUCAAGUCCAAGCACUACAUAACCAAGCUUAUGUUUCCGCUACGACCAUCACUCCAAGACGUUUUCGGACGGCAAGGUUGGUGUGUGACCCUUCGUUCAAGUGUCGGCGGCGUUGCGUGGAAGCAAGAGCCGCCCCAAGGGCACCCUUGUCACUGUUCCUCGAGCCGUGGACAUUUCCUGGUGGUGUGCGGCGCGGUAACGUGUUCCUCCAACAAGACAACGCCAGCCCUCACCGUUGCGUUACGACAGAGCUGCUUCAAGCCAAAGGUGUGCGUGGGAUUGUUGUAG